AUGGCACGUUCAAGAGGAUCAUCCAGACCUAUGUCUAGGUCAAGACCUACCCAAACAAGAUCAGCAUCCACCAUGGCAGCUCCAGCUCAUCCUCAACAACAAACAAAUACUUAUUCACAUCCUCCGGCCGCAAGUGCCCAAACAAAACAACCAGGCAUGUUUGCGCAAAUGGCUUCUACUGCGGCAGGUGUCGCCGUUGGUAGUACCAUUGGUCACACCUUAGGUGCAGGAAUUACAGGUAUGUUCUCUGGAUCUGGGUCUGACUCUGCUCCUGUUGAACAGCAACAGCAAAAUAUGAGCAACGUCUCCGGUCAGACCCAAAUGGACCAGCAGAUGGGAAGAACAUGUGAAAUAGAUGCAAGAAACUUUACACGCUGUUUGGAUGAAAAUAAUGGAAACUUCCAAAUAUGUGAUUAUUAUUUGCAGCAACUAAAAGCCUGUCAAGAAGCGGCACGCCAAUACUGA